ACCAAGUCCCCCGGCAACGAGCAGCAUCCACCCGGCAAGAGGCCGGAGCCAGCGAGGCCGAAAGGCUGGAAAGUGUGCCGGCGGCUCCGUGCGCAGCGAGCCCACCUCUCCUUCUUCUUGCCCGCCCACCGCCAACUGCAAACUCCGCUCGUUUCUUCGCCGCCGCCGAGCCCAGGGAGGGGGUUAGGAGCCGCCCCCCUCCCAGCCGCCGCUGUCGCCCCCUGCUUUUCCGGCUCUGCUCCCCGCAGCGUGCGCCCAGACCGUGCGCCUCGACAGACCCCAACCAUGUCGAUGCUACCUUCGUUCGGCUUUACUCAGGAGCAAGUGGCGUGCGUGUGCGAGGUGCUACAGCAAGGCGGGAACCUGGAACGCCUGGGCAGGUUCCUGUGGUCGCUGCCCGCCUGCGACCACCUGCACAAGAACGAAAGCGUGCUUAAGGCCAAGGCUGUGGUCGCCUUCCACCGCGGCAACUUCCGUGAGCUCUACAAGAUCCUGGAGAGCCACCAGUUUUCGCCUCACAAUCAUCCCAAGCUGCAGCAGCUGUGGCUGAAGGCGCACUACGUGGAGGCCGAGAAGCUACGCGGCCGGCCUCUGGGUGCUGUGGGCAAGUAUCGGGUGCGCCGAAAAUUCCCGCUGCCGCGCACCAUCUGGGACGGCGAGGAGACGAGCUACUGCUUCAAGGAGAAGUCGCGGGGCGUGCUGCGGGAGUGGUACGCUCACAACCCCUACCCCUCGCCGCGUGAGAAGCGGGAGCUGGCCGAGGCCACCGGCCUCACCACCACCCAGGUCAGCAACUGGUUUAAGAACCGGAGGCAAAGAGACCGGGCCGCCGAGGCCAAGGAAAGGGAGAACACUGAAAACAACAACUCCUCCUCCAACAAGCAGAAUCAACUCUCCCCUCUGGAAGGGGGCAAGCCGCUCAUGUCCAGCUCAGAAGAGGAAUUCUCACCUCCCCAAAGUCCAGACCAGAACUCGGUCCUUCUGCUGCAGGGCAAUAUGGGCCACGCUAGGAGCUCAAACUAUUCUCUCCCUGGCUUAACGGCCUCGCAGCCUGGUCACAGCCUGCAGGCCCACCAGCACCAGCUCCAGGACUCCCUGCUUGGCCCACUCACCUCCAGUCUGGUGGACUUGGGAUCCUAAGUGGGGAGGGACUGGGGCCUCCAAGGGAUGGCUGGAGCAGCAACCAACUGCAGCAACUAGGGACACUUGUAAAUAGAAAUCAGGAACAUUUUUGCAGCUUGUUUCUGGGGUUCUUUGCGCAUAAAGGAAUGAUGGACUUUCACAAACACGUUUUUAAAAAUCAAAACCAACAGCAAUCUCAAGCUUAAUCACCCUCACCCUCUUCUCUCUGACUUUUUUCCACUUUUGCAUUUCCUCUCCCAGUGCAAAGAUUGGGGGGGGGGGAGAAAAAAACCCAAACAAACAAAAGCACCCAGUCACCCCGUCCUCAUUCUGGGCAACCAAUGUGCCUGCUUUGGUAACUCUCCUUUUUUUUUAAUGAAUGGGAAUUACAAAUCAACUGAAUUUCAAUUCUUUUUAAUUUAUUUGUGGACAAAUGUUUUGGGAAGAGGAAAAGGAAAUUUCAAAGAGAGAGAGAAAUCAAAAUAGUGAAAAUAAGAGCCUCCAGCCUGGGAGGAGCUGGUUGCUUCCUUAAGGUGAAUAGGAAAACCAUGAUCUUAUUACUCUUUUGGAUGGGGAAAAAUUAAGUUUACAUUUUUCAUAUUUAGUGUUAAACAAUUUUAUGUAGGUUAAAAUGAAAGUACAGUAUUAGGGGAAAAAAAAAAAAAACCAAGUGCCUAAAUGUCUUAAUGCUCUCUAUGUGAGGCAGUUAGGAAUAGAAGUGACCAUUAGUAACACAACUAUUUUUGUCAGAUUUAGUGGAUUUUUUUGGUUGUUUGUUUUCUUGGGUUUUUUUUUUUUAAUGGUGGACUUUUAAUAUGCAUCAAUGUGAAAAAACACUUUCCUGAAUGCCAUUACUUCUCAUGCUCUGAAAUCUUUCAUAUCUGUAGGUUACCUCCUUCUGUUAAGGGUUUUUCCUGUUCCUAGUUUCUAGCUUGCAAAAAUAUGCCGACAAAUUUUGGCAACCUAGUAUUUGUUACCAAAACAGCAUGUGUUUUCAGGUUUCUUUUCUAUUGUACCUAAACCAGCCUAAAUUAAAACUUAGUAGAACACCGGGAGUACGAUUCUGUCUCUGAAAGGUGAGUUGUGGGUUGCUGUCACUGGGCCCUAUUUUUUUUUUUUUUAAGUAGUAGUUUCUUUCUUACUUAAUGGUGGUUAUGAAUUGCAGGGUACUUUGAAGGCCAUCACCUGAACCAAGAAUAAUGACUUGGUUAAUAUAUGACAGAAAAAGAGUGAAUUUAGCUUUGAAGUAUUUAUUUAUUUUUUUUAUAUUUAGAUAUGCAGUAUUGUUUACCACUAGCUCUUCUCCACAGCAUUCAUAUGUUAACUCAGCUCUUUUGUGUUAACAAGUUUAUGACAAGACUGUGAAAGUAAAAUAAUUUAUCAACUUAAGGGAAAAAAAAGGAACUCAGAACAAGGAUAGCAACAUUGUGGAUUAAUUUGUACAAAUAAUAAAAAGCAGACCAACAGGACAGGAGCUCUUUUGCCCUGCUGCCGGAUAGUGUCCAGAAAACCUCCAGUAAUCAUGUAGGUUCCAUAGAUGUAUCUUCUGUAUUCAGCUUUUAAAACUAGUCAAACAAAUGGCAUUAUUUAUUAAAAUUCUACUCAGGAUAA